AUGGUGAUUGGUCUCGUCGGAAACGGUGGUGUGUUAUUUGCGGUAUCGAAAAACAAACGUUUACGCUCAGCACGGAAUAUAUUCCUGCUCAAUUUGAUCCUAACCGAUAUUCUGCUGUGCGUUACCGCCAUCCCGGUGACACCGUGGUAUGCACUUGCAAAAGACUGGCAGUUUGGUGCGUUGAUGUGUCGAUUGAUGCCACUAUCAAAUUCAUGUUCCGUUUUCGUGACCAGCUGGAGUUUGACAGCAAUCGCAUUGGACAAGUUUGUGCAUAUAAUCAAUCCAACUCGUGCACCGGUCCGCAUUCGACAAGCCGCAUUGAUCACGUUGUUUAUUUGGUUGAUUUGUUCCUUAAUUAAUAUACCGUAUUUGAUGAGUUACGACUUGGUGGAUGGCGCAUACUAUGUACCCGAGAACGCGACACCGUUUUGUGGCCAUUUCUGCGAUGAACUCAACUGGCAGGGUGAGACACCGCGCAGAUUGUAUGGCUCUACUGUCAUGCUAUUACAGUUUGUGGUGCCGCUAGCAAUAAUAACUUAUUGCUACAGUAGGAUAUUAGAGAAGGUAGCCAAAGAUAUGAUCGUACAGAAUGCACAAUUUAGUGGAAGUCUUUCAACAGCUCAGCGUAUCGAGGCUACACAAAGGAAGAAACGAGUGAAUUAUAUUUUGAUUGGCAUGGUGGUUGCAUUUAUUGGAUGUUGGUUGCCUUUAACUGCCGUCAAUUUGGUCAAAGAUUUCAGUGAGUUCUUUUUCGUUCGAUCUUUUUUGAGCCUGAUAUUUUCUCUCCGAAAAGAACCGAACUUAAAGUCAACGAGAACAAUCAAGGAUAGUACGUGCCAUCUUGCCAAGAAAGCUGCCGCCGAUAUUGUUGCUAUUGCAGGGAAGGAGCCAGAAUUCUUGGAGAGGCAGCCAUUUUUGUGGCCGUUAGUUGCACACGUUAUUGCGAUGUCAACUGUGAUUUGGAAUCCGUUGCUGUUUUUUUGGUUGACAAGAAAGCGGAAAAGGCCAUUGUGGGGUCGAAUAAUUGCAUCGUCAGAUGUGCUCAGUUCGUUUCUAUCGCGAAUCAGCUCGAUUCGUCGCAAUUCAGCAGCAUUUCGCGCUCACUCGCCGACAGAAACUAAAGUUAUGAAACGACAAAAAGCGUCAGAUGCGACUCCGUCUCGAACAAGACCAUUGCUGGUUGUUGAGAACAAUCGAACAAUGAGAAGUCAAUCAUUGAACAACAGAACGAUUCUUUGA